AUGUCCAGCAGAUCAGGAUCAGGAGCUCCUCCCGUGCCAAAUGAAUCAAGCUCAAAAUGGUAUUUGUAUCACCUGGACUCACAUAUAUCCGAUUCGAAAGCACAGAUCCUAGGUCAAACUUCUAUAUUGGUACCAAACAAACAAGUACCAUUCGCGACUAUCGUACCUCCGUCAAACGCAAUAUGGACUCCCGAUGAGAAGGCGGUAUUUUUCGCUUCUUUGCGAAGACAUUCGAGAUAUCGACCUGAUCUCAUAGCGGAAGAAGUCAAGACAAAAUGUGAGAUGGAAGUUGAAUGGUAUCUUGAUAUAUUGGAAUUAGGUUCUGAAGUCAUCAGUCAAGUCGAUAGGAAAAGACAAGAUGAAGGAAUGCAAAAGGUCAGAUGGGAUGGAUUGAGAUCAUGGAGAAAAGGUCUUGCUCCUGCUUCAAGAGAGAUCUCCAAUCAGUGGAUUGAACAUGAAGAUGAAUUGUCCUCUAUCAUCUCCAAAGAAAUUGAACAAAGAGAAAAAGAAGAAAACCAUAUCAUGAUAAAAAGGGAUCGUCGUCAUGAACGUAGAGCUAUGCAGAAGGCGAUACCAUUAGAUGAAUCUCUCACACCCUAUCUCAAGUCGAAAGCUUUGGAAAAUCAUCAAUCUAUCAGAUCAAUUGAAAAUAAAUGGGCAAUCAACGAUUUCGCUGAAUCUAUAAACUCGGAAAAGAUUUUCGCUCUGAAUAAGCUCAUGAAACCUGACUGGUCAACAUGGUAUUCUGAUCGUGUACGCAUCCCGUCUCCACCACCUCAAGAAGGUUCUGAAAGUGAAGGAGGAGACGAUAAUGCUGGAUCGGUAUCGGGAUAUGGUAUGAAAGGUGAUCCCAAAGGUAGAAUAGUUCGUGAUCAACAGAAAUACGAAUAUAUAAUCUCAAUACCUAAGAAAGAACGUACACCAGAAGAAAGACGUCUCUUAUCAACUAUCACAAACAGAAGGAGGAAUAGAGAGAAAUAUAGAAUAGCGAAAUUGCUUGAAGAAGGAUUAUCGAGGGAUGAAAUUGAAAUUGCCGGUGGAGCAGAUGCUAUUUUCGCUAGUAGAGAAGAAGGGAUCAAUACUCCUCAUAAGGUGAGAAACAAUGGUAAUCCACCACAACCGAAAAAUGAUUUAGAGGGUUCAGUUGCGGGAUUGAGAAAAAUUGGAAUGUAUGAGUACAUGAUGUUGACUGGUAUCGAGGUAUUCAAUUAUGAACUGAUGGAUAGGAUACGACGACGUUUGAAUAUUCCAUUCGCUCCUUGUAAUCUCUCAUUCCCGAUACUUCAAGGAAUUCAUCUGCAAUUAGUCUAUCAUCUACGUUAUCUCAUUUAUCAAUCGCUCAUAAUUGGCGAGCAAAAUUACAGCCAACGACCAGAAGAAGACGGGAAAGAACCGGAGAUAACGUCGGAUCAUGUAUAUCAAGCUCUGAAUAUGCUUGGGUUGGAUCAUCCACUUGAGGCAAUCAACCAUGCAUUAGAGCGGAUCUUCGACAACAGUGACUUGGAUAGGGAGAAUAUUGAUGGUGUAGAGCAAAACCCAGAGGACCACGAAGAUGGAACGACGUCUGUACAGGAUGAAACGCAAGAUGAGGAAGUUUCAGCUAUUGAAGAACAAACGUCUGACAAGGAAGAAUUGGUUAACGUCCGUCAACCGAAUUACCCGGUCACUACCUUCCCUCCGAAAUAUCAGUCUUGGCACCUCAUCCCACAUUUCGUGACCACCGAUGACAGGGUCGAUAUCAACGAUGAGGAAGAUCCGGUCAUGAUUGAUGAUCUGAGUGAUGCAGCGACUGAAAUAGAAGAUGCAGAAUUAGAUUCUGCUCUUGACAGGAUGGAUAAAGCUCAUGAUAGAAUUUACGAAAAAUCCCUUUGGAAAGCGUUCAAGAGCGGUGAAGCGCUUCAAGAAGAGGAUGACCGGGGUGAAGUUUGGGCUACAACACCACCUACUUUUGGGGUAGACCAUACCAGGAAGGUCCUGAAGUCUGAGCGAGAUUACGCCACCCUGCUACUCUCAACAGAUGCGGACCGACGAAAGCGUAAACACUGGGAGAGAAUGCAAACUCGAUAUCCGACAACGAGGAUCAGGAGGUUGGCACGAGCUAACAAGAGAUUGAAAAGCAGUGCAUGGAUCAUCGAUAGUGACAGUGAUAGUGAUGGCGAUGACGAGCGAGAUUAUGAUGAACUUGAUGACAGCGAUGUAGAGCUGACUGAGAGUGAAAAUGAUGUCGAGGACCGAGGUGACAAUCGAUUGGAUAAUCAUCACGACGAAGAAGAAACGUCAGCUGAUGAGGAGUUCGAGAGCGAGAAUGAGAAAGACGACGAAACGGAAGAAAUCGAAUCAACGAAUAAUGACGAUAACGAACAUUGA